AUGACGGAGGAAUUUCAGGAGUUUUACCCAGCACAAGCAGCUACGGAGGAAUUGCUCAAGAAUCGACUGAAUAUAUUCAAGAAAGAAGAACUAAAUCAUAUAAUCCCCGCGAUUCAGGAAACGCACAGGUAUUUACUACGUCGUAGUAAUCUCAGCUUGGAUGUAAAGCAGCUCUCAGCUCGUAAUUUGCGGAUAGUAGCCGGGCCCAAGAAACAAUAUGUGGAUAUAAAUUUGGACACUGGCAUUUUAAUUGUGACGAAAUCAAUUGACAGAGAAGAGAUUUGCGGACCGAGCCUCAGUUGUGCACUAAGCUUGGACGUUUUCCUUGAAAACCCUUUACAGCUCUACCAGGUUACAGUGGAGAUUCUCGAUGUAAAUGACAAUGCUCCUAGUUUUCCAAAUACACCAUUCCGCCUAGAAAUCUCAGAGCGGUCACUUCCAGGGACGCGCUUUCAACUCGAGCCCGCGCACGAUCUGGAUGUCGGAGCUAAUUCCGUACAAACCUACGAGCUGCUUCCAAACGAUUAUUUUAUUCUCGAUGUGCAAAUGCGCGGUGGUAAAGUGAAGUCUCCUGUACUGGUUCUGCAAAGACCUUUGGACAGAGAAACGGAAUCCAGCUACAGGUUGACGCUGAUAGCCAAGGAUGGUGGUGUCCCUGUCAGAUCGGGCACGGCUCAGGUCACAAUUGUUGUAAACGAUACGAACGACAAUGUUCCUGUCUUUCCGCAGGCAGUUUACAGAGUCAGUCUGUUGGAGAAUGCAGCCAAAGGAACGCAGGUAAUCAUAUUAAAUGCCACUGACUUGGACAGUGGUGUCAAUGGAGAGAUAAGCUAUUCCUUUGGUCGCUACACUUCAGCUCGAGUUCGAGAAAUGUUUGCCCUGAAUUCCAGAACUGGUGAAAUCAGCGUGAAAGGCAAGUUGGACUAUGAAGAAAACGACGCCUUUGAAAUUAACAUACAAGCUACAGACGGAGGUCCAGACGCGAUGUCGGGCCACUGUGAGGUUUUAGUAAAUAUUAUUGAUGUGAAUGACAAUCCACCUGAAGUGACUUUGACGUCUUUAUCGAGUAUAAUCUCGGAAGAUGCGCCAGUCGAGACUGUAGUCGCUCUCUUCACUGCAGCAGACAAAGAUUCAGGCACCAACGGGCAGGUAGAAUGUCAGAUUUCAAAUAAACUACCAUUUAAACUGGAUUCCUCUUUAAAGAAUUAUUAUGGAAUACUUGUUCAUCUUCCACUGGAUCGUGAAAAUACCGCCAAGUAUGACGUUGCAAUAACAUGCACAGAUUUCGGGGAUCCUCCUCUUUCAUCCCAGAAAACCAUUCGGGUAGAGGUUUCCGAUAUAAACGACAAUGCGCCCCAUUUCAGGCAAUCUUUGUUUACAACAAACGUUUUGGAGAAUAAUGCUGUAGGCGCUUCUAUAUUUUCCAUUACAGCCUUUGAUGCCGAUAUUGGAGUGAACGGUCGACUGAAAUAUUCUAUUCUGGAGACUCAAAUUCAGAACGUCUCCGUGUUCAAUUACAUCUCUGUUAACUCGGACACUGGUGUCAUAUUCGCGCAGAGAUCUUUUGACUACGAGGAAUUGAAAAACUUUCAGAUUCAAGCUCAGGUCAUGGAUUCUGGGACGCCAUCACUCGCAAAUAAUGUUUCAGUCGAUGUUAUUAUCCUUGAUCAGAAUGACAAUGCUCCAGUAAUUGUGCAGCCAUUAGUCGAAUUUGGGUCGACAGCAGUAGAGACAAUUUCCAGGUUUGCAGAACCAGGGUAUUUGGUGGCCAAAGUAUCCGCCACUGACGCUGACGCCGGUCAAAAUGCUCGCCUUUCUUAUUCGAUUUUUCAAGCUACCCAGCAUAAUCUUUUUACUAUUUCACCAGACUCUGGGGAGAUUUGGACAAUCCGUCGUAUCGUUUCUCGAGAUGCCUCAAAGCAAAGGUUGGUGGUUCUGGUAAAAGAUAAUGGAUCACCAUCUCUUUCUGCCUCAGUCACCAUUAUCUUAUCUGUGAUUGGUGAUGACGCUGAAACAUUCUCCAGCGUCAGUGGCUCAUCUGAAAAUCCUGGGGGUGUCAUAUUCGCGCAGAGAUCUUUUGACUACGAGGAAUUGAAAAACUUUCAGAUUCAAGCUCAGGUCAUGGACUCUGGGACGCCGUCACUCGCAAAUAAUGUUUCAGUGGAUGUAAUUAUCCUUGAUCAGAAUGACAAUGCUCCAGUAAUUGUGCAGCCAUUAGUCGAAUUUGGGUCGACAGCAGUAGAGACAAUAUCCAGGUUUGCAGAACCAGGGUAUUUGGUGGCCAAGGUAUCCGCCAAUGACGCUGACGCCGGUCAAAACGCUCGCCUUUCUUAUUCGAUUUUUCAAGCUACCCAGCAUAAUCUUUUUACUAUUUCACCAGACUCUGGGGAGAUUUGGACAAUCCGUCGUAUCGUUUCUCGAGAUGCCUCAAAGCAAAGGUUGGUGGUUCUGGUAAAAGAUAAUGGAUCACCAUCUCUUUCUGCCUCAGUCACCAUUAUCUUAUCUGUGAUUGGUGAUGACGCUGAAACAUUCUCCAGCGUCAGUGGCUCAUCUGAAAAUCCUGGGUUCAGUCCUGAUCUGAGCCUUUCCUUGGUCAUCGCAUUAGGAACCAUUUCUAGCAUUUUUCUCGUCAUUUUAUUUAUCCUCGCUGUGAAGGUUCAUAAAAGCAGGAAUCCACUGGGUGGUCAGCACUGUUCUCUGGGCGUUUGUUGUUGCCUUCAAACCAGACAUUCUCUGAAUGGAAUUCAAAACGCUAGUAGAAACAUACAGAUUCCCCCAAAUUACGUUGAGGUAUUCGGUGGUGACCCACUUUCUCAGAGUUUCCGCUAUGAGUCGUGUUCAACGUUGCAGUCAACGCGGCCAGACUACAAACCGCCCAACACUUAUAGGUCAUCCACUGACAAAAAGUAUGCCCAGAAUGAUUGUAUUGGGAAACAGGAUCCAGAGUUGCUGCGUACUGAGAAGAUCAGCAACCCUUUGAAUAAUGAGCCACCAUACCUUGCUAAUUUUGGUUUUCAGUUAGCUCAGUUGGCUGGACGGCAGCAAAUUGUUGGGAUACGGAAUGCAUUCCAUGAAAAUGUGAUGGAGGCAGUUCAAAACUCUGGGGAGAUUUGGACAAUCCGUCGUAUCGUUUCUCGAGAUGCCUCAAAGCAAAGGUUGGUGGUUCUGGUAAAAGAUAAUGGAUCACCGUCUCUUUCUGCCUCAGUGACCAUUAUCUUAUCUGUGAUUGGUGGAGAAGCUGAAACAUUCCCCAGUGUCGCUGGUUCAUCUGAAAAUCCUGGGUUCAGUGCUGAUCUGAGCCUUUCCUUGGUCAUCGCAUUAGGAACCAUUUCUAGCAUUUUUCUCGUCAUUUUAAUUAUUCUUGCUGUGAAGGUUCAUAAAAGCAGGAAUUCACUUGGUGGUCAUCAUUGUUCUCUGGGAGUUUGUUGUUGCCUUCAAACCAGACAUUCUCUGAAUGGAAUUCAAAAAGCUAGUAGAGACCUCCAGAUACCCCCAAAUUACGUUGAGGUAUUCGGUGGUGACCCACUUUCUCAGAGUUUCCGCUAUGAGUCGUGUUCAACGUUGCAGUCAACACGGCGAGACUACAUAACACCCAACAAAUACAGGUCAUCCACGGACAAAAAGUUUGCCCAGAAUGAUUACAUUGGGAAACAGGAUCCAGAGUUGCUGCAUACUGAGAAGUUUAACAAUCCUUUGAACAUUGAGGUGGUAGAGAGGCUUCAGGGAGUCGGGGGGCUGAGUUAG